AGAGAGAGAGAGAGAAGAAGACGCGAAACCAGUCAGACCAGUACACAACAGAGAGGACAUGGCAUCCGACCGGACCGGUACCCAACCUGGAGAAAGCGGGGACGUUCAUUUAAUAGAUGAAGAUCCGUUUGAGGAAUACAGCGGGCAUGCCCCCAAAAGACAUGCCCGGGUUACAGUCAAAUACAACCGGAAAGAGCUGCAGAGACGCCUCGAUGUGGAGAAGUGGAUUGAUGACCGUCUUGACGUGCUCUACUCUGGUCAGGAAGAAGAUAUGCCUGAAGAGGUGAAUAUUGACGACUUCAUUGACCUUCCUGAUGAUGUGGAACGUGUUAAAAAACUGCAGGAGCUUCUUACAAAGUGUCACAAAGAUACUGAGACCUUCGUCAGAGAGCUGGUGGAGAAGCUACAGGGAGUUCAUAAGGAGGAAGAGCUGCAGAGUGAAGGCGUGGAGCAUCCCGUCAUCGCUCACAGCCACCAUCGCCAUGAACCUUAUCAUUUCAACAAACCACACCAUUUCCACCAAGGCCAGAACCAGACCCUUUGACAAGCUGCCCCAACCUCAAUUAUAUACACACACACACACACACACACACACAAAUAACACACAGUAAUUAAAAACCCAUCACACUCAUGUAUUUAAUUAUCCAUAUGAUUUGUUUGUCAAAUCCUUGCCAAUGGAUAUACAAAACAUUUGUGGUUGGAGAAUUUGGUGUCUGUCUGCCAAUGACGUGCUUGUGGCACAGUGCGAGAGAAGAAACAAGUGGCUCUUCCGUCACUUCAAACUUAUUACCAUUAUUUCUAAACUAUCAUUCAUUUAAAAGUCUUGUCAAAUAGAAUGCAUGUAUGUUUUGACAUAUGUUGUCACACAUCCAUCAUCAUAGUCAUGAUUAAAUGGUGUUCUUUCAAGUAUAUUAAAAUGAAACCACCAAGCUA